UUGUCAAAUGAUUACUGACUGGCAGUAGCAGUAAAGUCCGCUGUCCAAAAUCUUUGCAACCUACUUUUUUUAGGUUGAAUGUAUUGUGUAAGGUUAGUCUGGCGAUUAUCAAAAAUAAUUCUAAUGUAUGUAGAGGUGUGAAAUAUAAUUUGUGUAUGAACAGUAGUUGGUGUAAAUAUGUCAGGAGAUGACUCAAAUAUGUCUGUAGAUGAGUACGAUGAAGUGACUUUACAGGAUGAGCUGCGAAAUAUUCGGAGUUUUAUACAUUUAACAAGGGGUAAUAUUGAUGCUCUCAACGCUAAAUUUGCUUGUUUUCAACACCCUCCAUCAAUUUAUUUAGCAGAAUAUCAAGAGCUGACAAGUAAACUUCACGAUUACGAGGUUAGGGAACACCAGUUGAUAGAAGAAAUUACUAGUGUAAAUGCGUUUGCUCAGGAAAGUGAUACUGGUAACGCAACAUCUGUAGAAAAUGUGAGUAUUACCGGUAUUAGUAUUUGUAGAACGAUACCAUUAAGAUCUGUAAUUAGAGCUCACCUUCCGAACCAACAGCGCACAAGUGUUCAGGUGAGGGUUGGUCAGUCAGUUCGUGAUUCACUGUCCAAGGCAAUGAGCUUUCGAAACAUUACUCCUUCUAUGUGCACUGUGUACACUCUCAAUCAUGAGCAAAUAGAAUGGGAUGCAGAUAUUUCCACAAUUGACUGUGACGAAAUAAAGGUAGAAAUCAUUGAUAAGUUUCCAGUUACUACCAGUAUAUCUCACAAUUUCAUUAGAAAGACAUUUUUCUCGCUGGCGUUCUGUGAGUGUUGCAGGCGGCUUUUGUUUCAAGGUUUUUAUUGUAGGACGUGUGGUUAUCGGUUCCAUCAGAGGUGUGCAGCUGGUGUGCCGGCACUAUGUCAACAAGUUAGAAUGGAGGAAACCUACUAUCAAGCGCUACUGGCGAGGAAUGCAGAAGAAAAGGCUGGCAUACUAAUGCCAUCGGAUUAUGGUAUGAACAGAUCAUCCGAUCAACGACAUCCAAGGGCGUUCAGCCACGGAGAGAGAUCGAGCUCAGCACCGAAUGUCUGUAUAAAUGUAGUCAAUCUACCAGGAACAACUGACUCUACUGGUUUGGAGGGCUUUGUGCAUUUGGCCACUAACAUUCCAAAUCCCGCAACAGGCUCGUCGAGGCUGUCGCACAGUCAGAGUGCGCAGGCGUCGCCGACGAACGCGCUGAGGCCGUGGAGGCCUAGAGCCCGCAGUGCUGACGAAAGCGCCAACAAGAAGAUUCAUCGUGACUCGAGCAAUAGAGAGCCCUGUGAGAACUGGGAAAUAUUGGCCGAAGAAAUUCUUAUCGGCCCACGCAUUGGCUCCGGCUCGUUUGGAACUGUUUUCAAGGGACACUGGCAUGGCCCGGUUGCUGUGAAAACGCUCAACGUAAAAGACCCGACACCUGCACAGUUGCAGGCGUUCAAAAACGAGGUCGCCGUACUCAGGAAAACCAGGCACGUCAACAUUCUUCUCUUCAUGGGCUGUGUUAGCAAACCUCAACUGGCUAUUGUUACUCAGUGGUGUGAGGGCUCUAGUCUCUACAGGCAUCUGCACGUUCUAGAUUCAAAGUUCGAAUUGCACACGUUAAUUGAUAUUUCAAGGCAGACGGCACAGGGUAUGGAUUAUUUGCAUGCUAAGAACAUUAUUCACCGCGAUCUAAAGAGUAAUAAUAUAUUUUUACACCACCCGGCUGUGAAGAUCGGUGAUUUCGGUCUAGCGACUGUGAAGACAAAGUGGUCGGGAGGACAGCAGUUUCACCAGCCUUCGGGUUCCGUCAUGUGGAUGGCACCAGAAGUGGUAAGGAUGAAAGAGGAGAACCCGUACAGUUUCCAGUCGGAUGUCUAUGCUUAUGGAAUUGUGUUGUAUGAACUGUUCUCUGGUGAACUGCCGUACGGCGCUGACCUCAACAUGGAUGUCAUUUUGUACAUGGUUGGGCGAGGUUGGAAGCGUCCGGACCUGGACAAGCUGCACUCGGAGACGCCCAAGGCGCUGAGGCGGCUGACUGAGGACUGCACAAAGUUCAACCGCGAGGAGAGGCCUCUCUUCAGACAGAUCCUUGCCUCGCUUGAGAGUCUGUCGCGCGCCCUGCCCAAGAUCCAGCGAUCGACGUCCGAGCCGACGCUCAACCGCACUCAGCUGCAGUCCGAGGACUUUCUGCUCUACCCCUGUCCUUCGCCCAAGACGCCCGUCAACGCUCAGUAUGGAGCAUUUCCU